GGCGGGAGCUGGGUGCUGCGGCGGCGACCUAGAAGUACUUGAAAUGUAGAGGACGAAGGAUUUUCUUUGACUCUGGAUGGAAUCUGUCUAUGAAACUGACCUUUCUGGAUUUAAAAAAAUAUGACCCUUUAAGGACCUGCUACUGCAACUGGUUCUGCAUGGGUGGACUUUUAUGCUCACCUGGAAACCCAGUGAAGUCAAUGAAGCUCUGUACAAAAGCCUGGAUAUAUUUGAAUUCAAGAGUGGAGCCUAAAUAAGUAGUAACUAUUAUUAUUCCUGUUUCACAGCUGGAAAAAUUAAGAUACACAGAGACUGAAUUAUCCAAAGCCUCACAGCAAGAACUGGGAUUAAAACCCAGGACUGUUCUUCAGCCUGUAUUCAGGUUGCUAGACUAGGUAUGUCUUGGAAGCCUCUGAAGCUGCCUCUUUAAAUCCAUUUCUUCAAAGGACAGAGCACACCAGCAUUAUAUAACUCAUAGGCCUGAAAAAUGGCUGUGGAAAUUCCAAAAGAGACAGGGAUAUGGAGGCAAACCAAAGCUCUCUUAUUCAAGAACUACCUUGUUAAAUGCAGGACGAAAAAGAGCAGUGUACAGGAAAUCCUGUUUCCACUAUUCUUUUUAUUUUGGCUAAUAUUAAUGAGCAUGAUGCAUCCUAAUAGAAAAUAUGGUGCGGUGCCUGACACAGAUCUUGGUUCUCUAGACACUUCCAUGCUUGUCGAUUUCAUUCUUGGAUAUACCCCAGUGACCAAUAUGACAAGAAGGAUCAUGCAGAAAGUGGAUUCUGAUUUCUUCGCAGAUGGCAUAAUUACAGAAGAAUAUUUAAGUGAAGAAGAAUUACAAGAUGCUAGCAUGUUUAAAUCAUCAAACUUUGUGGGCAUAGUUUUCAAAGAUUCCAUGUCCUACCAGCUUAGAUUUCCUAAUGCUGUCACGAUGUCUUCCAUUUACAUGGAAUCAAGAGCCAGUUGUUCCAGUUCAUUGAACGGAUGUGAAUCGGUUGAAUAUUGGCGUUCAGGAUUUGCAGCUCUACAAGCUUGCAUUGAUGCUGCAAUUAUUCAGCUGAAGACUAAUCAUUCAGUCAGGGAACAACUGGAAUUAACAAAAGCUGUUGUUAUGGGAGAGGCUGCAGUUAUGGAAAUAGACCACUUUCCCCGUGCAAUCAUUUUAAUUUACCUAGUAAUAGCCUUUUCUCCCUUCGGGUACUAUUUGGCAAUUCACAUCGUGGCAGAAAAGGAGAGGAAGCUGAAGGAAUUUUUAAAAAUACUGGGACUUCAUGACACUGCCUUUUGGCUUUCCUGGGUUCUGUUAUACACAACCUUGAUUUUUGUCAUGUCCAUUCUUAUGGCAGUCAUUGCAACAGCCUCUUCACUAUUUCCCCUGAGUAGUUCCUUUGUGAUAUUUCUUCUGUUUUUCCUCUAUGGAAUAUCCUCAGUGUUCUUUGCUUUUAUGCUGACUCCCCUUUUUAGAAAAUCAAAACAUGUGGGUAUCGUUGAAUUCUUAGCAACACUGGCUUUAGGUUUUGUGGGUCUUAACAUUGUAUUAUUGGAGGAUUUUCCAAAGGCUUUUGUAUGGGUUGUGAGCCCAUUCUGUCAGUGUACAUUCCUGAUUGGCAUUGCCCAGGUUAUGCAUCUGGAAGAUUAUGACAGUGGUGCACUGUUUUCAAAACUAACUCAUGGUCCUUAUCCACUAGUUAUUUCUCUCAUUUUACUGGUACUGGACAGCAUGCUUUACGUGCUUCUUGCUGUCUACCUUGAUCAGGUCAUUCCAGGCGAGUUUGGAUUGCGGCGGACAUCACUAUUCUUUAUGAAACCCUCAUUUUGGUCAAAGCGUAGAAGAAAUUACAAGGAGUUAUAUGAGAGUACUAUUAAUGGAAGUCUAAAUUUCAGUGAGAUAGUUGAACCGAUAUCUCCUGAAUUUCAGGGAAAAGAAGCUAUCAGAAUCAACUCCAUUCAGAAAACUUUCAGAAAAAAAGAUGAAACUGUGGAGGCUCUCAGAAGUCUAUCAUUUGAUAUAUAUGAGGGUCAGAUUACAGCAUUACUUGGACAUAGUGGAACAGGAAAAACAACACUGAUGAACAUUCUUUGUGGGCUUUGUCCACCUUCUGAUGGGUUUGCAUCUGUCUAUGGAUACAGAGUCUCUGAAAUUGAUGAAAUGCUGGAAGUGAGAAAGAUUACUGGUGUUUGCCCACAAUUAGAUAUACAUUUUGACAUUUUAACAGUGGAAGAAAAUUUAUCUAUAUUUGCUUCAAUAAAAGGGAUACCUCCCAAUGAUUUGAUACAAGAGGUGCAGAAAGUACUGUUAGAUUUGGAUAUGCAGCCUAUCAAGGACAACCAAGCUAAAAAAUUAAGUGGAGGGCAGAAAAGAAAACUAUCUAUAGGCAUUGCUGUUCUUGGGAAUCCCAAGGUUUUACUCUUGGAUGAACCAACUGCUGGCAUGGACCCAUGUUCACGGCAUGUAGUUUGGAAUCUCCUGAAAAAUCGAAAGGCUAAUCACGUAACAGUAUUCAGUACACACUUCAUGGAUGAGGCUGAUAUUCUUGCUGAUCGAAAAGCUGUGAUUUCUCAAGGGAUGUUGAAAUGCCUAGGCUCGUCUCUCUUUCUUAAAAGCAAGUGGGGUAUCGGGUACCGGUUGAGCAUGCAUAUAGAUGCCUAUUGUAAUACAGAAGCUACCACCUCCUUGAUCAGACAGCAUAUACCUGGAGCCAGUCUGAUGCAACAUAACGAAGAGCAACUGGUGUAUGCCUUACCUUUUAGAGACAUGGACAAGUUCUCAGGAUUAUUUUCUGAUCUAGACACUCAUUCACAUUUGGGUGUUAUUACAUACGGAGUUUCCAUGACAACCUUGGAGGAUGUGUUCCUGAAGCUAGAAGUUGAAGCAGAAAUUGAUCAGGCAGAUUAUAGCGUAUUUAAUUCUCAGCAAGUACAGGAGGAAAUAGAUGCAAAAUCACUUGAUGAGAUGGAGCAAAGCCUACUGGUACUCUCUGAGACAAAAUCCUCCAUAGAGAGCAACGUAGCCCUUUGGAAACAGCAGGUGUCUGCAAUAGCCAGGGUUCACUUCCUCAGUUUAAGACAUGAGAAUAAGUCACUGAGAAUUAUAUCGUUGCUUUUCUUAAUUUUCCUUGUAGUUCAGAUUUUUAUGUUUUUCAUUCGUCACUACUUGAAAAAUGCUGUAGUUCCUCUCAGACUCUCCCCAGAUAUGUACUUUCUGAAACCUGGACAACAAUCUCACAAGUACAAAACAAGUCUCCUCCUUCAGAAUUCCACAGGAUCAGAUAUUGAUGAUAUCAUCAGCUCUCUCAGGAGCCUUAACAUACUGACUGAGGUAUUCAAUAGCAGUGAUUAUGUGUCAGCAUCUCCGCAUACAGCAGCUUUAAACAUAUUUAAUUCAGGAAAGAAUUACAUAUUUGCUGCUGUAUUUAACAGUAGUAUGGUGCAUUCCCUCCCUGUUUUGAUGAAUGUCAUUAGCAACCUGGUUCUCCACAACUUAAAUGUGACUGAGAGCAUUCAGAUAUGGAGCAACCCAUUCAUUCAAGAAACUGUUGAUGCCGUGUUCAAACUAGAACUUUACUUUGAAGCUGUGUUGCUAGGAAUCAUUGUAACUGGAAUUCCACCAUAUUUUGCAAUGGAGAAUGCAGAAAACCAAAAGAUCAAAGCCUACACUCAGCUUAAAAUAUCAGGCCUUUACCCAUCUGCUUACUGGACUGGACAAGCAAUCAUUGAUCUGCCUUUAUUUUUCUUUAUUCUUGGCUUAAUGAUAGGAAGCUUAUUUGCGUUUCAUUAUGGUGUUUAUUUCUAUGUUGGGAAGUUCCUUGCUGUGAUCUUCUGUCUUAUUGGCUAUGCACCUUCAGUUGUGCUGUUCACAUACGUGGUUUCUUUCACAUUUAAAAAAAUUCAAAAUACUAGAGAAUUUUGGUCAUUUAUUUUUUCAGUGGCAGCUUUGGUUUGCACCGUUGUCACUGAAGUGGCUUUCUUCAUGGGCUACUAUACUGUAACCACUGUUCUUCAUUACAUCUUCUCCAUUUUCAUUCCAAUCUACCCUCUUAUUGGAUGCCUGAUUUCUUUUAUAAAGGUCUCAUGGAAAGACCAGCGAAAGAAUGAAGAAUACCAUAAUCCAGGGAACAGACUCGUGAUAGCAGUUGUAGCACCUUAUUUGCAGUGCAUACUUUGGCUGCUACUUCUGCGGUAUCUUGAGGUGAAGAAUGGAGGUAGAACAGUAAGAAAAGACCCAUUUUUCAGAAAUUAUUUCACAGAGGGUAAGAUUUGGAAGGUUCCAGAGGUACCACAUGAUGAAAAUGAGGAUGAAGAUGUAAAGGCUGAGAGGUUGCGAGUCAAAGAAAUUCUAACCAAUCAAAACUGUGAGGAGAAGCCAGCAAUUUUGGUCAGCAGUUUGCAUAAAGAGUAUGACGAAAGGAAAGAUUUUCUUCUUAGAAGAAACAUAAAGAAGGUCGCAACUAAGCAUGUCUCUUUUUGUGUAAAAAAAGGAGAAAUCCUGGGAUUGUUGGGGCCCAAUGGAGCCGGAAAAAGCACGGUGAUUAACAUGCUGGUUGGAGAUGUUGAACCAACUGCUGGCCAGGUGCUGAUGGGAGAUGAUUCUUUUGGACCGAACGGUGAAGCGGAUUUGAUUAAAUUUGUGGGAUACUGUCCUCAAAUAAAUCCACUUUGGCCAGAUGUUACGUUGCAGGAGCAUUUUGAGAUUUAUGGAGCUAUCAAAGGAAUGAGUAAAAGUGAUGUGAAAGAAGUAAUAAGACGUAUUGCAAGUGCUCUAGAUUUGAAAGAGCAUCUACAGAAAACAACGAAGAAGCUUGGAGUGGGAAUUAAACGUAAGUUAUGUUUUGCACUAAGUAUGCUGGGUAAUCCCCAGAUUACGCUGCUAGAUGAGCCAUCUACUGGAAUGGACCCCAAGGCCAAACAGCACAUGUGGAGGGCAAUAAGAGCAGCGUUUAAAGGCAGAGAGAGAGCAGCUAUUCUGACCACUCAUUAUAUGGAGGAGGCUGAUGCUGUAUGCGAUAGAGUAGCAAUCCUGAUCUCAGGGCAGUUAAGGUGCAUUGGUACAGUUCAGCAUCUGAAGAGUAAAUUUGGCAGAGGGUACUUCUUGGAAAUGAAAUUAAAAGACACUGCAGGAGUUCACCAGAUGGAGAUGCUUCAAAGGCAGAUUUUACACAUCUUCCCAAAUGCAAGUCGGCAGGAAAGUUUUUCCUCCAUUUUAGCAUUUAGAAUACCAAAAGAAGAUGUACAGUCACUUUCACACUCCUUCUCUAAACUGGAGGAAGCAAAGCAUGCUUUCUAUGUUGAGGAGUACAGCUUUUCUCAAGCCACACUGGAACAGGUUUUUGUGGAGCUUGCCAAAGAGCAAGAGGAGGAAGAUAACAGUUUGGGAACCUUAAACAGCACACUCUGGUGGGAAAGAACACAAGAAGAUAGAGUCAUUUUUUGAACUCUUGAGCAUUAUAGGAUUUAAUCGAUUUACUGUUGUUACCUUUUCACAUGUGCUGAGCACAAAAACAAGUGGGAGUGUGGGAAAAAAAAUCAGAUUUAGGAGGGAAAAAUGUAAAUUUGGGAACAGUGACACUCCAGUUUUCACCUUCCUGGCCUUUAGAGAUCAUUAUAAAAGAGGGGAUGAAUUCAUUUUGAGGACUGACAUUGCAAGUUUCAAACUCCUUAUCCAGCAUCAUUCUGUUCUCUCUUUUCAACUGUGAGUGGUAGAUGACAGUCUCUUUCUUCAUAAUUUCCUUUUGAGUCUGGUUAGUUUGUCCUCUAUUUUCCUAGUAAUUCACCUCAUGAGCUGGCUCAGCCAGUUGGCAUGUUA